UAGUCGGGCAGGGCAGGUGACUGAGGUGACAGUGGGGGAGCACUUUGGCACCAGUGGCCAUAGUUCUAUUAGUUUUAAACUAGUCAUGAAAAGAGACAACUGGUCCACAGGUUCAAGUUCUAAAUUGGGGCAGGGCGAAUUUUGACGGUAUGAGACAGGAGCUUGCAAAGGUUGAUCAGAGUCGGCUGUUAGCAGGCAAAGAGACCACAGGCAAGUGCGAGGCUUUUCAAGGUGAGAUAGUGGGAGCUCAAGGUCUGCAUGUUCCUAUUAGAGUGAAGGGCAAGGCUGGUCGGAGUAGGGAACCCUGGAUGAUGAGGGAUGUGGAGGCCCUGUCCAGGAAAAAGGAGGCAGCAUGGGUCAGGUCCAGGCAGCUGGGAUCAAGCGAAUCCCUGGAGGAGUAUAGCGGAUGCAGGAGUGUACUCAGGAAGGAAAUCAGGAGGGCAAAAAGGGUGCAUGAGUUGCUUUGGAAGAGAAGAUUCAAGAGGAUCCAAAGAGAUUUUAUACGAAGGGAAAAAGAGUUUACUGGAGAGAAUACGGCCCCCAAAGACCAAAGGGACAUCUUUGUGUGGAGCUGCAGAAGACAGACAAGCUCCUUAAUGAAUAUUUCUCCUUUGUUUUUAACCAUGGAGAAAGACAUGAAGUCUUUAGAACUGGGAAAGGUAAACGGGGAGGUCUUGGGGAUAGUCCACAUUAAAGUAGAGGAGGUGCUGGAUGUCUUAAACGGUAUGAAGGUCAACAAAUCUCCAGGGCCUGACCAGGUAUAUCGAAGAACACAGCGGGAGGCUCGAGAAGAAGUUGCGGGAGCACAGGCUGAGAUACUUGCAUCAUGGUUAGCCACAGAAGAAAGAAAAUGCCUCACAGAAAUACGACAGGUACAGACUGAAUGAGGAACUCAAUGAAAUUAUCAUCAGUAAAAUAUGAGAGCUGGAGGAAUUAACAGGAAGGUAAAGGUGAUAAAUUCAGAGC